UCAUUUCAGAUAGCGUUUCUGUUCUGUUAUAUCUCCCACCCACUAGACUCCCUCCUUGCGGCCCGGCCCUGCCCUGCCCUGCCCUGCCCUGCCUGCUGGAAAAUUGUUGGCGCGCGCGCUCUUCUUCCCUUCCACCGACAUCACGGGCCAUGGCCAUGUAGCAUUGCCGAGCCCCCCAAGAGUCAAUAUCACCAGCAAUAGCUGCACUACCAUCAUCCCUCUUUUACGAAUGGAUCUCCAAAUCCUCUGCAACUCCACCCUCUCCCUCUCAUUCUCUCAUUCCUUGUAUCGUUUUCACUCUCAUCGUCAUCUCCGCAUCCCCAAUCUCGGCCUCAGGACGAUGCCAUCUCCUCACAGAAACAUGAUUUUCACAAACGCAAUCACAACCGACGCCGUUCCGCAGCCUAGAACUUCUCCGGUCCCUACCCACCAGGUCACCGUCCACGAUCGUCGGCGCGGAGUUGUUCACCAAUUCCUCGUGCCCGAGGACCAGUACAUACUACACACUGCCGAGUCACAGAACAUCUCAUUGCCUUUCGCUUGCAGGCACGGUUGUUGUACUAGUUGUGCUGUUAGAGUAAAAUCCGGGCAAAUAAGGCAACCUGAGGCUCUCGGAAUAUCUGCUGAACUGAAGUCUAAGGGCUAUGCAUUACUCUGUGUAGGGUUCCCAUCUUCUGAUCUAGAAGUGGAAACACAAGACGAGGAUGAGGUCUACUGGCUUCAAUUUGGAAGAUAUUUUGCCCGAGGGCCUAUUGAAAGGGAUGACUAUGCACUGGAGUUGGCCCUGGCUGAUGAGUGAUGCAAGCUCAGAACUGUAGACGGCUGAAAUACUUGAUUCCUUUCGAGACCAAUUCUUAUCUCAGCUUAUAAGUAUGUGUUGUCAGGCUUUGAUUUCAGCAAUUGUUUGUUUCCUUGUUGCCCAGAACAUUUAGAGUUACAUGAUUAUGCCUUGCUAGCCGGUAGUUGAUGAAUUCUGUAUUACUGCUGCAUGUAAAUCACCGAGAGAGGCAACAGAAUCUAAAUAUUUCACUUUGUUAAUGGAAUAUGUUGUGGUGAUCUCUGAA